UAUGGGCCGAUGUUUAUUCAAGAACCUGACCCUGUGAUCUUCCCAAUGGAUUCAGAGGAGAAGAAAGUGUCUCUCAGUUGUCAAGCAAGAGGAAAUCCUGCCCCAACCUACAGGUGGCUCCAGAAUGGAACCGACUUAGACAUAGAAAGUGAUUACCGCUACAGUGUAAUAGAAGGAAGCCUUAUUAUCAACAAUCCCAGUGAAUUAAAAGAUGCUGGGCAGUACCAGUGUUUUACCACCAAUGUCUACGGUAGCAUUUUAAGCAGGGAAGCCUCACUUCAAUUUGCAUAUCUGGGGAAUUUCAGCGGACGAACACGAAGUGCCGUGUCCGUGAGGGAAGGUCAAGGUGUGGUGCUAAUAUGCUCUCCUCCACUUCACUCGCCAGAGAUCAUCUACAGCUGGGUAUUUAAUGCGUUCCCCUCCUUUGUGGCAGAAGACAGCAGGCGUUUCAUCUCCCAGGAAACAGGCAACCUGUAUAUAUCCAAAGUGCAGCCAUCAGAUGUUGGGAGUUAUAUCUGCCUCGUGAAGAACACAGUGACAAAUGCCAGGGUCCUUAGUCCUCCAACUCCAUUAACACUUCGAACGGAUGUUCCAACAAUCUCAUGGAGGAAAGUUAAUGGACCCAAUCCGAGCAAAGCCCGCCUGCGCAAGUCCCAAGCCGUGCUCGAAAUCCCGAACGUGCAGCUAGAAGAUGGAGGGACAUAUGAAUGCAAAGCUGAGAAUUCCCGGGGACGGAAUGUCUUCCGAGGACAGUUACAAGUAUACACAUAUCCACACUGGACAGAGAGGCUGAACGAUACCCAGUUAGACAGUGGGGAUCAACUUCAGUGGGAGUGCAGGGCUUCUGGAAAGCCGAGGCCAACUUAUCGCUGGCUCAAAAAUGGGAAUACUCUACGGCCAGAGAGCAGGAUUGAGAUGGUUAAUGGUGUGCUGAUGAUCCACAGUGUUAAUCAGUCAGAUGCUGGAAUGUAUCAGUGCGUAGCAGAAAACAAGCAUGGAGCCAUCUAUGCCAGUGCUGAACUGAAGAUUUUAGCUUCUGCUCCAACUUUUCCCCUGAGUCAACUGAGGAAGACCAUUAUUAUUACCAAAGGCCAAGAAGUCACUGUGGACUGCAAACCACAAGCUUCUCCCAAACCAACCAUUGGGUGGAAGAAAGGAGAAAAAAACAUUCGAGAAAAUAAAAGGGUAACUGUUCUUCCAGAUGGAAGCCUGCAAAUUCUGAAUGCCUCCAAAUCUGAUGAGGGGAAAUACAUAUGCCGAGGAGAAAAUAUAUUCGGUUCAGCAGAAAUUACAGCUUCGGUAUUUGUGAAAGAGCCUACCAGGAUAGACUUGUCCCCCAAGAGAACUGAGCUGACGGUGGGAGAAAGCAUUGUCCUCAGCUGCAAAGCUUUCCAUGACCCAACCUUAGACGUCAUCUUUCACUGGAGUCUGAAUGGGCAGCCUAUUGAUUUUGAAAAAGAAGGUGGACAUUUUGAAAGCAUCAGGGCGCAAGCAUCUUCUGCGGAUUUAAUGAUCAGGAACAUCCUUCUGAUGCAUGCUGGAAGAUAUGGCUGCAGGGUGCAAUCUACAGCAGACAGUGUAUCAGAUGAGGCAGAACUUCUUGUUAGGGGUCCACCUGGCCCUCCUGGAGUUGUCAUUGUUGAAGAAAUCACAGAGGUCACUGCAACUCUUUCGUGGACUCCUGGAGUGGACAAUCACAGUCCUAUCACUUCUUAUAACUUGCAAGCGCGAAGUCCAUUUUCACUUGGCUGGCAGACUGUGAAAACAGUUCCUGAACAUAUAGGGGGUGACCUGGAAUCUGCAACAGCAAUUGAACUGAACCCAUGGGUAGAGUAUGAAUUUAGAGUUGUAGCAACCAACAAAAUUGGAACAGGAGAUCCAAGCACACCAUCAAAAGUGAUCCGAACCAAAGAAGCAGUGCCAAAGACGGCUCCUGCUAAUGUCAGUGGCAGAAGUGGAAGACGGCAUGAAUUAGUAAUAGCCUGGGAGCCAGUCUCCGAAGAAUUUCAGAAUGGGGAAAGCUUUGGAUACAUCGUGGCUUUCCGACCGAAUGGGACAAGAGGCUGGAAAGAAAAAAUGGUCACAUCUUCGGAUGCCUCCAAGUUCAUCUACAGAGAUGAAAGCGUGCCUCCCUUGACUCCGUUUGAGGUGAAAGUUGGAGCAUAUAACAACAAAGGUGAUGGACCGUUCAGCCCAAUUGUUGUGAUCAGUUCUGCCGAGGGAGAACCAAGUGCUGCCCCUACUGAUGUCAAGGCUACAGGACUGUCUGUAUCAGAGAUUCUUGUUGCGUGGAGUCACAACAAAGACAGCCUGGGAAGACCUCAGGGAUUUGAGGUUGGCUACUGGAAAGAUAUGGAAGAAGAAGAAGCAGCUGAGAAGGCCAGGUCAGAAGGGAAUGAGUCCUCUGUCAUUCUCACAGGGCUAGAAGGCAACACCUUGUACCACCUGAGAGUGAAGGCAUACAACUCCGCAGGCUAUGGACCACCAAGCAACAUUGUCCAUGUGGCCACUAAGAAAUCUCCACCUAGUCAAGCACCAAACAUUAUGUGGGUUCAAGAUGGUCCCCAUAUUUCCCUGGGAUGGGAGCCUGUAAAGCCUUUAGCCAAUGAGUCAGACGUCAUGGGAUACAAGGUGUUGUUUAGGCAAGAAGGACACAGCAAUAGCCAAGUAAUUGAAACACAGAAAACAUCUGCAGUGGUGCUUCUCCCUGACAUAGGGGUCUAUAUCAUAGAAGUCUGCGCAGUGAGUGAAGGAGGAGACGGCACCCCGAGCAGCCAAAUCAGGAUACCAUCCUUUUCAGGUGGAAAAGUCACAAAUUCUCAAUCCAGGCUAAAUGCUUUUACCACUUCUUCAUCAACUGUAACAUUUCUAUUGGUAUUGAUGGUCCCUUCAACGUCAUGGUGAAGGAUGAAGACGGAAGACUUUUAUCAUUUCUCUGGUUGCUUUAGCGUGCUAACACCAACGGAUGGAGUUCUACGACCAGGGAGAAAGCAGAAGCCUAAUUAUCAAAGGAAU